AUGUUGAGGGUGAGUAGUUACCACUGGCACUACUACUAUACUGAAUCUGUCAGGAUAUCAACCCGGAUAGUCUGUGUCUCUUGACCAUGUUAGCCCGCUGAGCAAAUAUUUUUUUUCAUUUGAAUAGAAGACAGAAAUUAGUAUUGGUUUCUAUGACUAUUGCUGUAAUAUUAUGGGGGUGUGGACUGGGUGUGGACGUUAGGCUGAGAGAGAGAGAGAGAGAGAGAGAGAGAGAGGAGAGAGAGUAGAGAGACGAGAGAGAGAGAGAGAGAUAGAAGAGAGAGAGCGAGAAGAGAGUCUAGCGAUAUGGGACUAUCUAGAUUCUAUCUAGCUAGCGACGAUAGUCUUGAGAGCAGAGAAUAUCAUCCCUCUUCUCGAGCGAUUCGAUCUCGCCUCUCUCCGCAGGAUAUAUCUCUCUCGCUCUAGCUAGAGAGAUGAGAGAGAUAUGGAGACGAAAGAUGAAUCUCCUUUGCCUGCUGUUGUAGGGUUGCAAAGGGAGGGUAUAUUACUGGAAGCUUUCAAAGUAAACUACCAGAAUGUUUGUAUCUUUUGAAGGAUUUUAUGUAAUCUAGUCGUCCUUUUGGUGACUUUAGAUCAUUAUACAGUGCAUUCGGAAAGUAUUCAGACCCCUUCCCUUUUUCCACAUUUUGUUACGUUACAGCCUUAUUCUAAAAUUGAUCUACACACAAUACCCCAUAAUGACAGCUAAAUGUAAAACUAAAAAUAACUGAAAUACCUUAUUUACAUAAGUCUUCAGACCCUUUAGUAUGAGACUUGAAAUUGAGCUCAGGUGCAUCCUGUUUCCAUUGAUCAUCCUUGAGAUGUUUCUACAACUUGAUUGGAGUCCACCUCUCAGAGCUUGAGAGGAUCUGCAGAGAAAAAUGGGAGAAACUCCCCAAAUACAGGUGUGCCAAGCUUAUAGCGUCAUAUCCAAGAAGACUCAAGGCUGUAAUCACUGCCAAAGGUGCUUCAACAAAGUACUGAGUAAAAGGUCUAAAUACUUAUGUAAAUGUGAUAUUUACGUUUUUGAUUUUUUAUGAAUGUGCAAGAAUUUCUAUAAACCUGUUUUGCUUUGUCAUUAUGGGGUAUUGUGUGUAAUUUCAUCAAUUUUAGAAUAAGGCUGUAACAUAACAAAAUGUGUAAAAAGUCAAGGGGUCUGAAUACUUUCCGAAUGCACUGUAGGUGUCUGUAAUUAUCUCUGGCCCUCUCUCUGGUCUUCUCUCUGGCCUUAUGUCAAAUAUGUUAAAUAAUUAAAUAAGAUGAAAAUAGAAUGACAAAGCUGUAAAACAUGAUCCUAAAUAUAAACCAUACAUUUAUUGAAUACCUUUUGUGUUUAAUAUGAAUGUUUCAGCAUGAAAUAUAUUGUUUUUACACACUUCUAUUUAUUUUACUAUUGUCGUGGAAAUUCGAAUCAAGUGAGAGAGACUGUCAUUUCUUCAAACAAUUCAUCUUUAUUUGAUAUCGAUUAAUUAUUGCAAUAAUGGAGCUGGUCAACGACCAUCCGUAUGUGAUUCGUUGAGAGCCCAACGAUACAGGAAAUGCUGACGUCUUAUAUAGAGGACCUAAAAAUGCUUAGUCAUGGCUGGUUCCACCCCUCCCCGGCAGCUCAGGGCAUCAUAAGCUACCUUGUUUUCUUCUUGUGGCUAUGUGUAUCGGGUCAUAGCGCAUGAGCAAGUGAUAAAGUUAGUUCCGUUUCACCUCAUAUCUCCACAUAGCUGUGCCCUUGUAAGAUAGUAAAAGACAGGAUGAACUGAAAAACUGUGGUCACUCUCAGAGGCUCUUUCUCUUGACCGUGUGACCAAGUUGAACAGAAGCAAAGAUGAGGGGAGACAAUACAGGUCUGUUCUGUUAAUCUCUAAACUCGAGUCACACCAUGUCCUUGACGAAACACCCAGACCAGCUGCAGGGAGCUAGAGGGAACCAUCCUUAUGAAAAGCACAGCAUUGGUAGUUAAGAAAUCCCCUAGCAAUAGAAAGAGAUCGAUCAAUAUUCAUACAGAAAUAAUCAACAAAGCAGGUAAAUACGUUAAUUUUUCCCUGACACUAUGUCAAUAUGUAUUUACUUGUUGAAAAAAGUUAAUAGUUGGACGAGUUGCAGAGGUAAUUGAAAAUAAUACCAUUGUUGAGUGAGUGGCGCAGUGGUCUAAGGCACUGCAUCGCAGUGCUAACUGUGCCACUAGAGAUCCUGGUUCGAAUCCAGGCUCUGUCGCCGCCGGCCGCGACCGGGAGACUCAUGGGCGGCGCACAAUUGGCCCAGCGUCGUCCAGGGUAGGGGAGGGAAUGGCCGGCAGGGAUGUAGUUCAGUUGAUAGAGCAUGGCGUUUGCAACGCCAGGGUUGUGGGUUCGAUUCCCACGGGGGGCACAGUAUAAAAAAAUAUAUGUAUUCACUAACUGUAAGUCGCUCUGGAUAAGAGCGUCUGCUAAAUGACUAAAAUGUAAAUGUAAAUGUUGAUUAGAUGCUUUUUUCAUGAAUUAGUCUAUUUUCUCUUGAACCCUAACCCUAUCUACUAGAAACUCAUGGACAAUAUGGACACAGAUAGAUCCAAAUGAGUCCCGCUUUAAAUUAGGUUAAGUUGAUAAAGGCUUCAUAAAGCCUUUAUAAGCACUACAAAAAUGCUUUUCAAAUCAUCUAUAACCGUAUGUCAUGCUUUAUAAAAAGGUUCAUAAAUGUGGCAUAACCGUGUGACAUAAUCACCAAUGUCAAAUUUGACGUAACCCACUGUGUCGAAUGUGAUAUUAACAUGCGCUUUAUAAAGGGUGACAUGUUGUGCUGAAGGAUGACACACGCUCUAAAGUGAUGUCAUGUUAGUCACAUUACACCUCAUCUCGUUCCCAGACACUUCCGCCCAAAUGUGCGGAAGGUCAGGUGGACCAACGCAUCAAACUUGGCCUUCAUUAGUUAGGGUUAGGUUUAAAAUCACAUUUUAAGAAGAUACAUUGUGGAAAUGGGCAGGGUUUAGCCAUAAUUAUAACUUUUUGACUGUGUUAAGUAGUGACGAUAAAAAAUACUUUACUCAGUGUCAAUAACCAUUAAUGAUAUAUGAAAAAUAAUUGUUGAAACAUUAACAAUGAUUCAUAUUUGUUAAUAUUUAAGUGACAUUUUCAUUACAUUUGGGUUUUAAAACAUGUUCCAAGGUCAAAUAAAUGCUGCCAGUGCGAAUCACUGUAUAUGGAAUACAUAUUGGCUUACAGCAAGAACAAUUCUGGGUGCCGCAGUAAAAGUAUGUUAGGGAAUACUCAGUAGGGUCUGUAUAUGGUAUCAUUUCAUGGGGCUCUGAAUAAUACAGAGUGUUGCUGGCCUUUUACUCGAAGCACAGCCACAAUGCGUAAUAUUUUACCAUGAACACUGCAGCAGAAGCUAAGUCCUUCCUCCGCCACUCUUUCCUCCACGUGAGGCUACAAUAAAUUGAGUAUCCCCAUUCCAUUGGCGGCUGAAUCACUUCACAUGUGCACUUAAUGCACUACAGAAAACCCGCUAACCAAACAACAGUGCAGGGCAUGCUCACUGAAUUAAAGGGCAAUUACACAAAGAAAUCUUUCUUAGAUUUUUCCCAGACCUCAAAAGUCAGCCCCUAAUGUGGUUUAAGCAUUGUUGUGAACACAAAAAAUCUAAUUCUGUUGUUUUUCUAUCAAAAAAGUGUGAACAAACUGUGGUAAACCAGAAAAAAUGGGGAAAUCCGAAACCUGGAAAAACAAAACCAAGAAAACGAAAUUUGGGCAAAAACUGAUUUUAAAAGGCCCUACCAACAUGUUUUGCUGUGCAUGACAUACACUUUAGAGUGUAUGUCAUCCUGCAGCACAGCAUUUUGUGGGAUGUUGAGGUCAGGUCCAAUAUUGACUCUGCACCCAAGAGGGAAAGAGGUUGGGCCAUCCUAGAAAUGUUUUAGUGAAAUAUAAUAUAACACUUAACAGACACUUUAUCCAAAGCCACUUACAGUCAUGUGUGAAUACAUUUUACGUAUGGGUGAUCCUGGGAAUCGAACCCAAUAUCCUGACGUUGCAAUACUCUACCAAGAUGCAUGACAGGGUUAUAAAUGCUUUGUGAAGCCUCAAUUUAAUAUGAUUUAUAAGGCCUUUAUUAAGCGGUGCUUAUGCCACCCUUUAUAAAGCACAGGUUUAUGUAAUAUUUGACAUUGUGGGUUAUGUCACAUUUGUUAUUGGUGGUUAUGCCACAUUUAUGAACACUUUAUAAAGCAUGGCAUACUGUUAUAAAUGAUUUGUAACACAUUUAAGUAGUGUUUAUGAAGCCUUUAUAAGCUGCACGUCAUUUAAAGCGGGACCAAAAAAGGAAUACUAUACAUGAAUACAUUUUUUAAGUUAAUAUAAAUUAGUAUAGUUAGUAUAAAUGACCAAAGUUACAAUAUAUUGCCAUUGAUUUUCUGUUAAUUACCAAAAUUACUGAAGAUUCCAGUAGCUUUGGUAAAGUACCAGUAGCUUUGCAACCCUACCUCUGUGUGAGGAUGGUUUUGUGUGUCAGUGAAUGUGUGACUGUACAGUAUCAUUGAACAGUGCCUCUGUCAGAGCAACUGUAGCAUUAUGUGUCACUUGGCUUCCUAGGUGAGUUGUGUCUGAAUUACCUCACCUUGGGCUAGAGUCAGCACUCUCCACCUCUCACUAAUUAGUUACUGACAGAGACAGCUCUGCCACCAUGAUGAAACCAAAUGGCCUGGUGGAGUGUGUGUGCAUGUGUGUGUGUGUGUGUGCCCAUCCGUCCGUCCUCUGGUCCCCUUCCCUCUGGCAGAGGCAGUAAGGAGUUGUUAAUGAUCAGGUCACUGAGGUGGCGCAACACAGGGAUUUCUACACUGACCUCUCUCUCUCUCUCUCUCUCUCUCUCUCUCUCUCUCUCUCUACCCUCCUCUCUCUCUGUUACUCUCUCUGCUCCGUCCCUGUCCUAUUGUGCCCUCCCUUACCUGAACCUCUCUUUAUUUCCCCCCUUCUCUCUCUCUCUCUCUCUCUCUCCCUACCUAUUUCUAUUUUCUAUAGCUGAUGAAAAUGCAACCUUUUGUGUAAAUCCCCUCUGGGGUCUUGAUGAUGGUCAGUCGCUCUCGCUCUUUCGCUCUUUCGCUCUCUCUCUCUCUCUCUCUCUCUCUCUCUCUCUCUCUCUCUCUCUCUCUCUCUCUCUCUCUCUCUCUCUCUCUCUCUCUCUCUCUCUCUCUCUCUCUCUCUCUCUCUCUCUCUAUCUAUCUAUCUAUCUAUCUAUCUAUCUACCUACCUACCUACAGUAUAUAUAUCUCUCUCUCUAGAUAAAAUUGAUGAUGAUUUUGAGAUGAGCAUUGUGUGUCAUCGGCCAGAAGGGCUGGAUAAACUGGAGGCUCAGACCAACUUCAGCAAGAGAGAGCUACAAGUCCUUUACCGUGGCUUCAAAAACGUAUGUAGUCAAUAUACCCAUAUCACUCCAUUUCUUCAUUACUUCAUCACUUAGUGUCUGUCACUGAUGUCUGUCUGUGGCUGAUCUCUCUCUUUUUUCUCUCUGUCUUUCACUCUCUCUCUUCUCUCUUUCUAUUUCCACCGCAGGAGUGCCCUAGUGGUGUGGUGAAUGAGGACACCUUCAAACAGAUAUAUGCCCAGUUCUUUCCCCAUGGAGGUAGGAAAUUGGUUUGUGUCUGUGUCUACAUAACAUUUAAAGGUGUUGACUUGUGUAGUGGAUAUGUCGUGUAAGCACAAAGAGUAACACAAAUCUCUCUUCUCUCCAAUGCUCUGCAGAUGUCAGUUCCUACGCACACUACCUGUUUAACGCCUUUGACUCAGCACACAGCGGAUCCAUCAAGUUUGAGGUUAACAUUCCUCUGCCGUCUCUCAAUUUCCCCCCUCUCUCUCUCUCCCCCUCUCUCUCCAUCUCUCUUUCUCUCUCACAAUUCUCAGAUCACUCGCCCUUUGUGUAUUCCAUGCUGGAUCAUUCUUCCUCUUGUUGUCCCUGUGACAGUGUCUCAUUCUGUCAUUCUCUCCCUCCUCCAGGACUUUGUCAUGGCUCUGUCCAUCUUACUGAGGGGUUCAGUGAGGGAGAAGCUGACGUGGACUUUCAACCUGUAUGACUUCAACAGAGAUGGCUACAUCAACAAGGAGGUGUUUGUGUGUGUGUGUGUGUGUGUGUGUGUGUGUGUGUGUGUGUGUGUGUGUUUAUGUAUGAAGUACAUUUCUAAAUAAUGAUGUGUUUUGUUUCAUCAUUCAACAUCCACUGACAGACAAACUGUGCUUUUGUGUGUAUUACAGGAGAUGACAGACAUCGUCAGAGCGAUAUAUGACAUGAUGGGGAAGUAUACAUACCCAGCACUGAAGACAGACACUCCCAAACAACAUGUGGAUGCUUUCUUCCAGAAGAUGGACAAGAACAGAGAUGGAGUAGUCACUCUGGAUGAGUUCAUUCUGUCCUGCCAGGAGGUAAACUGGAGUUAUCUGGAGUUAUAUGAUUAUCACUGGCUCUAUGCACACUCACUGGACUCUACCCACACACUCACACAUACUUACACUGACACUCCAACACACACAUACACACACACACACACACACACACACAUAGACACACUUUCACACUCAUCACAUACGCUGCUGCUACUCUGCUCAUUAUCUAUCCUGAUUGCCUACUCACUUUUACCCCUACCUACAUGUACAUAUUACCUCAAUUACCUCCUACCCCUGCACAUUGACUGGGUACCAGUACUCCUUCUAUAUAGCCUCAUUAUUGUUAUUUUAUUGUUUUACUAUUCCCUUUUUUUAUUUAGCAAAUAGUUCUUACUUUUUAACUCUGCAUUGUUGGGAAAGGGCUUGUAAGUAAGCUUUUCACUGUAAAUUCUACACCUGUUGUGACAAAUAAAAUUAGAUUUGAUCCUUAAACAUCCCUCCCACUUAAUCCUGUCUAAUACUAUUGUAGUUUGAGGGUUUUAGAUGGUGGAUGGAUCACUCUCUAUGUAGACGAAUACUGGCUGGAGACUGAUUACUCUUAUGCAAAUGUAAUGAUCAACUGACCAUUUUCACCGCCAUUAGGACUGCACGUUUCAACUCAAAUACUUCCUGUACUCUUCCAACCAUCAACAAACAUUUGACCAAUCAGAAUAGAGCAACGUAGUCGAUAAUCAAUUAUCAUUACAAUUCCAAACACUUUUGAGUAGUUUGUUAUUUUAGAACUACACAACAGUGACUUAGAAAAUAAUAUAACUUAGAAAAUAAUCCUACACUAUCAUUUUCCCCUUCUGUUGGUCUUUACACUUUACCAGACAGGGCAGAGAAAGCGAGACACCCCAUUCCCUCAUUUUUUUCUGGUAUGGCGGGGCGGGUGGAGAGAGCAAUAAGUAGACCAGAGCCAUUGGUCUCACAGCACUGCCAUAACGCAGUUUCUCUGGAUCCCAGCAAGGUCAGAUUCCCCCCCACUAAUUUGUUUUUUAUGCGUCAGCCAGACAGCCACUCACAAAGUAUAGACUACCGAUCACUGUCCAUGGUGCUGAAAUUGCUACAUUCCAUUUGUACAUUUUAGUCAUUUAGCAGAUGCUCUUAUCCAGAGUGACUUACAGUUAGUGAGUGCAUACAUUUUUCAUACUGGCCCCCCGUGGGAAUCGAACCCACAACCCUGGCGUUGCAAGCACCAUGCUCUACCAACUGAGCUACAGGAGGCCUGUCUACAUGUCUAUGCGGCUGCCUAUUGAAUCGAUAGGCUUUCUGUGGUGCCAGGGCAUGUAGCCUUUAGCUUUGCUUUAGCUAAUGGAUAAAUGUUUAUUGGUAGGCCUAUUUGGUUGUAAUUUUCUCAUGUUAAGCCUAAAAUGUCAUGAAGCGAUAUACACGGUGUCGCAAUCCUUCCAUUUAAACUGCUGGCUGGUGAAAAUAAUGUAAUUACUUGUUCAGUAAUUAAAGUUGGAAAUUCAAAAAUUGCAGAUUGUAAAAUAAAUGUUCGAUGCAACAGCUACGAAUUUAUUUUUGUUUUAAUAUACAGCUGUCCUGUAUAGCCUACCUGAAGCUGCAUGACAUGAGCCAUCCUCGGGCUCUCUCCCAGCUUGGAUAGAACAUUGUUGUGCUUAAAACCAGUCUAUUAAUGCCUAAUAAUACAGUCAGUCCACCCUCAAAACACUAGCUUACUAGGGACGGAUUCAUUAUGCAGUGUAGCCUACUAUUUAUAGCUAUAUACCGUAUUUAGCUGCUAUUUAUAAACGUUUUAUAACAAUUAGGGAAAAAGUAGUAGGCUUGAGGAUAAAUUCUGCGGCUGUUUAUUGUUGAACUCAGCGGGUUUUGUCUGGCUAAUAACCUACACAAAUGGGCUGCAGUAUUCAAGGUAAAUUAAAUUGAAUCAAAUAAAAUGUCAUCCAAUUUGAGAGACUCCCCUGGUCUCCUGAAGUCAUCCUUGCUUUCUCUGUCUGCGUCUCUUUUUCUAUUUUUUUCUCUUAGAAUAAAGUAUAUUUGUAUAUCUGUACUCUCUUUUCUUUUUAUGUAGAGGCCUAUAGUAGCUACAGUAUGCGACUGCGUCGCCUUGCAUUUUUGUGAGCAAAUGUUUUCACCACCGCCUGUAGGUCCAGGUUGCGCGCCCGACUGUUUCCUAUACUGAGUAUUGCCAACCCAGACAGUCUUUCCUGAGACGUUGUGCAUUAUAUGCUCAUGGCGCUGCACACAAUUUAAACUUAUUUUUGAAUGAUGCAUGCCAAGCUAUACCAGAGAUAAGGGACUGUUGAUAUUUCAACCACACAACUCAAACGCCGGUUUACCAGUAUGAAAGAAAUCGCAAACUGCUUUUUUUGUUCAAGCCCUCAAGAACUGUUGUCCUCUAAAGAUGAUCAUAUGUUUGUAUCUGCAAAUGUAUUGGCUAUCCAGAUGACCUGUCCACAGAGCUUCUUAUACAGUUAAUCCCUUUCUUGAGGCCGGCAAUUAAGGAGAAUGAGAGGCUCAAUUAAAGAUGUUGCAGAACUGCUGUAUUAGAAGCACAGCUCCCUCCUGCCCAGUUUACCUGAUGUUGUCAUGGUAUUCAAGCUGUUUUUACCAUCCCUGUAACUGUUGCUUCUGUGGAGAGAUUAUUUUCUAAACUAAAACUCAUAAAUAACUAAUUAAUAAGCAUUAUGCUCUCGGUCUGAUAUGCGCUUUUGAACACCUGAGUAAGCUCCAGGCACUGGCGCGGUCAUAACCGUGGGCAUUUUUUCACCGAUAUCCCCUUUCAAUAAGUUAAUUUUUUUUCCCUUUCAAGGCCUGAGGCACUUUUUCAGUCACAUUCCUGAAGCCCAAGAAACAAACACUUAUCUUCCUAGUACAUAUGGAAAUUAAAAAGGUUUAUGAACAACUUUUUGGAGGGUUACUGUCAAAAUUAUUUCGAUGACAGGCGCAUGGGCACCCAGAGCUCAUCAUGGCAUUUGUAGUACAUUAUGAUAGCCACGUUAGCAGCUAAUUAACAUUUCAUUUUUUGGGGGAUAAAUACAGGUCAAUAUAUUGAUUAAAGUCACCUUGUCCUAGAGAUUUACAUGCUUAUCAAAACGUCAUGCCAGGGUAAGCCUACACAAAACACAGCCCUUAUUUUCAGUUUCUAAAAUCCCCUAUGGGAAAAAUGAAUGGUGGAAAAAUGAUUGGAACCCUUUCCUUUUUUGACUGCUAGGUUUUAUGGGUAUUAUGACUCAUAAUGUGGUACUCUAUUUUAAACUGCUUUAACCUCUUCUAAGUCUUUGUUGCCCCCUAGUGGUACUUAUAUGAUGCAGUCAGAGGACUCCACUGAGCACUGUAUGUGCAAGUUCAGAGGUGUUACUGUUAUUUUCCUCCUGAUCAGUUUUCUCAUUUUUUUCAUACUUUCUUUUCCAGGAUGAAAACAUCAUGAGGUCCCUGCAGCUUUUCGAAAACGUCAUAUAG